AUGUUCUCGUCGCUGGUUCAUCGCCUCAAUCAUGCAAAACAGCAGGCGCCGCUGCUGAACCGGCUGCAUCUGAAUUUCAUCUUUGUACACUAUUUCUAUGUCUUCUCUUUUGUGAUUGUCGGCUCCAUCAUCCUCUAUGCCGGUGGCAAUCUUGCCUAUAUCGAUGCCCUCUUCUUUGCCUCGGGCGCCACCACCCAGAGCGGGCUCAACACGGUCGACCUGAACCAGAUGUAUCUGUAUCAGCAAAUUGUCAUCUACUUCAUUACCAUGAUGUGUACCCCGAUCUUCAUCCACAGUGGCCUGGUGUUUGUUCGCCUGUACUGGUUCGAGAAACGCUUUCAGCAUGUGGUGCAGGACGCCCGUGCUUUACGUUCCACUCGAUCUCGCAUGAGAACGGUCACCGGCGACAAAGGAAACCAGGAUAACGAUCGGGCAGAGCGGGGGAUCAGGGGUCGCUCCAUCGUGGUGAUUCGGAACAAUGCCGGCGAUGCUCGUGGCAACCGACUCCCCAACCCGAUGGGCCAGCCCGCCGAGAUGCAGCCUGAAGAGGACACUACCGACGGCCACCCCUCAAGCGAGGGGACCAGUCCGGAGGAGUCCCGCGAACCGACCCUGGAACGCCGUUUUGGACUGGGCAGUCUGCGCGUGCCCUCGCAGCUGAGCCCGGAACACCAUAUUGCGUUUCUGGAAAAACAACGCAAGAACAAGGGUGCGUUGCGGAUCCCGAGUCCCCGCGAAUAUGACCGGGGAGGGCAGCCCGAAGCAUUGGAGGAUGAAGAGGAGAACGAGGAGGAUUCCGAGGCGAUGAAACAACCCUCGAGUCCGCGGUCGCCGAGACAGCACAACCCCGCCGAGGCGAGCGAGAACGACCAAGUCGGUCCCCUGGAGGGACCUCAUAUCACCAUCAACGAGCCCGACUUGCCACGGACGCGGACGCGUGGCAACACCUUCACGCGGUUGGAUACACGGCCCACUAUCCAUGAAGAGAUGACCAAGGACGGGGAAGACAACGCCCUCGGACCCAGCGCGACUCGCAACACGUUUCGGGGCAUUUUCCGUUCGCUCACGCAAGAGCGGGAACGGCCCACUCAGCCUUACCUCAGCUGGAAUGCAACCGUCGCCCGAAACUCCAACUUUGUCGAUUUGACGGAGGAGCAGCGGGACGAAUUAGGGGGCAUCGAGUACCGUGCAUUAAAAACGCUGGCCCUCGUGCUCAUCACGUACUACGUUGGCUUCCAUCUGAUGGGAAUCAUUUGCAUGAUUCCAUGGAUCAUGUGCGAGAGUUCCUGGGGCCAGAUUGUGACCCAGGAUGGUGUUGGACGGCCGUGGUGGGCCAUUUUCACUUCGGGCUCCGCGUUUAACGAUCUGGGCUUUACCCUGACACCGGACUCCAUGGCCUCCUUUCAGACUGCGGUCUUUCCUUUGCUCCUGUUCACCUUUCUGAUUAUCAUUGGGAACACGGGUUUCCCUUGUAUGCUACGUCUGAUGAUCUGGGUCCUGUCUAAAUGCGUCAGACAGGGCUCGGCGUUGUGGGAGGAGCUGAAAUUCUUGUUGGAUCAUCCCCGUCGAUGCUUUACCCUUCUGUUCCCUCGGAACGCCUCUUGGUGGCUGUUUGCAAUCUUGGUCGCGCUCAAUGGCAUCGAUCUCAUCUUCUUUAUCAUUUUGGAUCUCAACGAUCCGACUGUGACCGCCCUGUCUCCGGGCAUUCGUGUUGUCGAUGGAUUGUUCCAAGCGGCGUCCACUCGCACUGCGGGAUUUUCCGUGGUCAGUUUGUCCGCCCUGCAUCCUGCCAUCCAGGUGUCCUACUUGAUCAUGAUGUACAUCUCGGUAUUUCCGAUUGCCAUUUCGAUGCGCCGAACCAAUGUGUACGAGGAGAAAAGCCUGGGUAUCUACGGCGUGGAAGAAGAGAAUGACGAGGAAACCCAGACAGCACCGAGUUACAUUGGCGCCCAUUUGAGGCGCCAGCUCAGCUUUGAUCUGUGGUAUGUAUUCCUCGGACUUUUCAUCAUCACCAUUGCCGAAGGGGGUCGUCUUCAAGCCAAUGAUCUUAGCUUCCAAGUGUUCACGGUGCUGUUUGAAGUUGUCUCGGCCUACGGUACCGUGGGGUUGUCGUUUGGAUAUCCUGGAGUGAACACGUCUUUUUCGGGCCAGUUCAACACGGUCUCAAAAUUGGUGAUUAUCGCCAUGCAGAUCCGUGGACGUCACCGUGGGCUGCCGUACUCGCUCGAUCGGGCCGUGAUGUUGCCAUCCGACGCACUGAAUCGCCAUGAGAUUGAAGAAUCAGAGCGCCGCAUGCGGCGGCGCACGUCCAAUCUGAGUGGUGCCGAGUCCUUAGGCCGCCCUCGGUCUCGAGCGCUUUCACAGUCUCAAGGCGACAACGGGCAAUCGUCGGGGCUGGACGCGUAUGACUGGGAAACGCAUCGGGCGUCAAAUGGGGAACAACUUGUCCACCGCUCAUCGACUCUUCGGUCGAAUCAAUGA